UUAGGAUGUUAUACAAAUACAUAUUAUAGACGAUAAUCAUAUUUUUGCUAACCAAAGUGCCAUGUAGCUAUAUUGUGUUAAACAAUUCGCAGCCUUUGAAGUCAUUCCUGUUUUGAUUAGCAGUUAGAAGUGAUAAGAUGAGACGCGCCUUCAAAGUUUGCCUUUUUGAGCAAGUUAUUUCACAUAAUUUAUGUAACAAGAUGGAACACGUUGGGUAGAGAUCAACGUAGCUCUCCGCUUCAGUUUGAAACCAUCCCUGUGCGCCGACACUUCGGUCUCGGGAAUUUCGCACGAUCUACAGUAAACAUGUCACCACCCAGGAAAGUGAUCGUCGACGUCGAUGUCGGCACGGAUGAUGCUUGGGCGUUACUGCUGCUGCUGAAGUGCGAAAAGAAGUUCAAUCUCAAGGUUGAGGCGAUCACUUGUACGCACGGGAAUACCGAUGUGCACAACGCAGCGCGGAACGUUCUGCGAGUCUUGGCCGCCAUCGGGCGAACAGAUGUUCCGGUCUACAAAGGAGCGAUUGAGCCCUUGAUAACACCUGUCCCGGAGGGAGAUCGUCAUUUUCACGGGUUGGAUGGUUUUGGCGAUUUAAAUUUAGAUGUUCCAGAUGAAACGAUCAUACAGUCAGAGCACGCGGUGAAUGAGUUGGCACGCAGAAUUAACGCGGAUCCGGGAAAUAUUUCGCUGAUACUGUUGGGACCGCUGACAAAUCUUGCUUUGUGUUUGAAAAUGUACCCACAGGUGCGACAAAAUAUCAAGGAUCUAUUCGUGAUGGGUGGCAACCGAAACGGGGUAGGCAAUGUGACAAAAUGUGCGGAAUUCAACUUUUGGGCCGACCCAGAAGCUGCACACAUCAUAUUCAACAGCCUUGUCUGUCCGAUUACGCUUCUGCCAUGGGAAACGUGCGUUACCGAGCAUCGAGAAUUGGAAAUGACCUGGCGGAUGGACGUGGUCGGUAGGACAACCAACAAGGCUGUGCUGAUGCUGAAUCAAGCGGAAAAGAAAUGCUAUGGCGAUUGGGACAGGUGGAUGCCCUGCGAUGCGUUCGUUGCGGCUGUUUUUAUCAAGCCAGAAAUUGUUGUUCAUGCGGAAAAUUGGCACGUGGAUAUCGAACUGGCGGGAACUUUAACCAGAGGUCAAGCCGUACUGGACCAUCGGAAGAAAUCCAAAGAAAACACCAGAAUUGUGGACAAAAUUGAUACGCAGUAUUUCAAGGAUUUGAUUAUGUAUGCAGCUGAUCACAAUGUUGAAGAUCAAUUAUGAUUAGUUU